CGUUGUAUCAGAGACAUAACAAUCAAUAGUCUACCGGUACCGUUCGCUGACAUGACACCGGGUAUCAGGACAGAGUGUUUGCUAUGACGGGAUAAAUAAAUAAAUAAAAAACUCCAUUCCACAAUGAAUUGAAGGGGCCGCCAAGGCUCUGCCUUGAACUGCUGUUAAGGUAGCCGCUUUACUGGAACGAGCUCCUCGUCUACAACACCUACCUCCACAUCAAAACACAGGAACAAUGUCCUCCACACCGGAACAGCAACACCUUGAAUUCACACCGUUCCUCGCAAACCUCUUCUCGGUCAUCUAUACCUCCAGCUAUGUCGGUAUCCUAUACCUUAGUCACUUGACAAGACCCCAACCAGGCCUCGCUCGCGACACUCCCUCUGUGAUCCGCGCGCGCAUUCGCGCUGUUACAGUCGUAACCGCUGUAGCACUCGCUAACUCGGCCCCCAUCACUUACUUCUACUCGCCGCACAAAACGUAUUUGGACAUCGCGACAUUCCUGGGACUCUAUGUAAAAUUGCCGCUAACACUCGAUAUACUGCGGUGUUUUCUCCUCACGGGGACUCUAUUCCUAGGACCUCUGGUUCGGCGGUUAUGGUUUGACCAUGGUUGGCGGGAGCUACAAGGUGACGUGGACAAAAUGUUCACCACAUGGAUCGGCUGGAGGAAUUAUGUUGCUGGACCGUUUACUGAAGAGAUUGUUUUCCGCGCCUGCGUGGUACCAUUGCACCUUCUUGCCGGGAGAUCGCCCGGAACAAUAGUUUUUAUAACCCCGCUAUUUUUCGGAAUCGCGCACAUCCACCACGCAUAUGAAUUUUACAUUAAUAAUCCGAACAGAAUCUUCGUGAUGAUUGUUCGCUCGCUGUUCCAAUUCACAUAUACCACGCUUUUCGGGUGGUUCGCUACGUUCGUGUUUCUACGGACGGGCUCGGUAUGGGCUUCCAUCAUUGUUCAUUCCUUCUGCAACUUUAUGGGACUUCCGGAUUUUGGCCCCGUUGACGGGCCCAGGUGGAGGUCUGCGGUUUACUAUGCGCUUCUAGUUGCGGGCGCCUUUAGCUUUUAUAAGCUUUUGUGGCUGUUGACGGGGUCUCAGCAUGCGUUAGUAAGGUUCUGAUAUGGAGGGGGUAAGCUAGAGGGUUUUUUUCUUUCGCGGCUGCAUCUGAACGCCCACGCCACGCCCCGCUGGGGGGAUAGACCAAGAAACAUUCUCAGUGUUCAGUGUGUUUGAGCACAGAAAUUUAUAGUUUUUUCCCC